UAUUUGGCUCGGAGAGAGUUUUACCACCCUACCUUUGGGUAGGAGUAUUUUUUACCCAGGUGCGAUGAGCAAUACGCACCACAUGAACGAAAAUGCCACGACAAUCUGAACUUAGCGUGAAGCGUCAGUUGCAUCCUGAAAGCUGAACGCCAUUCUCUUCUCUUCUAUGGCUCUGCCACUCUGCACUACUGAGCCUCUCUUCCUCUCUUCGCUUCCACACAUACGAAAAUCUUCCACAAUCAACAUUUACCGUCGGAGCCUCCGUUUCUCUGCCAAUAAUAAACUUCGAUUCUCUCUCUGCAGCACCAAACACUGGCAGUUAUCUCCUCUAAAAUCUUCUUCAAUUAACGGAUUCUCCGUCCAGAACGAGCUAGCGGAAGACAAUGUUGAGCUGCGAGAGAAGAUUGGGAAUUGGAUUGACUUUAUUCGAUCAAUUUUGCCCGGAGGAAGCUGGUGGAGAUUUUCUGAUGACGUUGAGGUCAAUAUAACAGCAAAACCGUUGACUGUCUGGCGGGCGCUUGGUCGAAUGUGGGAGUUGGUGGCUGGAGAUCGCUGGGUCAUUUUUGUGGCCUUUUCUUCCCUGAUUAUUGCGGCGCUCUCGGAGAUCUCUAUACCGCAUUACUUGACAGCAUCAAUCUUUUCAGCGCAGAGCAGUGAGGUCGCAGUGUUUCAUCGAAACGUGCAUCUCUUGAUUCUCCUAUGUAUUACUUCAGGAAUAUGCAGUGGUCUACGAGGUUGCUGUUUUGGCAUAGCAAAUAUGAUUCUUGUGAAGCGUAUGAGGGAAAGACUGUAUUCUGCUCUACUUCUUCAGGAUAUAUCUUUUUUUGACAGUGAGACAGUCGGUGAUUUGACCAGUAGGCUUGGAUCAGACUGUCAGCAAGUAUCUCGGGUUAUUGGAAAUGAUCUCAAUUUGAUACUAAGAAAUUCUCUUCAGGGUACAGGUGCCUUGAUCUACUUGCUAGUUCUUUCAUGGCGGCUCGGUUUAUUCACAUUGAUGAUAUGCUUUACAUUGGCAGCAGUAAUGUUCAUUUAUGGCCUGUACCAGAAGAAGGCUGCAAGGUUAAUCCAAGAGUCCACAGCUUCUGCCAAUGAAGUGGCACAAGAGACAUUAUCUUUAAUGAGAACUGUUCGUGUUUACGGUACAGAAAGACAAGAAUUUGAAAGGUAUAACAUGUGGCUGGGUACAUUGGCUGAUAUAAGCUUGCGUCAAAGUGCAGCAUCUGGAUUUUGGAAUCUAAGCUUUAACACUCUUUAUCAUUCAACUCAGGUUAUUUCUGUGCUUAUUGGAGGAAUGUCUAUUUUGGCUGGUCAUAUUACUGCAGAGCAACUUACAAAGUUUAUAAUGUAUAGUGAAUGGCUGAUAUACUCAACUUGGUGGAUGGGGGAUAGUUUCUCAUCUUUGAUGCAGUCAGUUGGGGCAAGUGAGAAAGUCUUCCAACUGAUGGAUCUUUUGCCUAGUGACCAAUUCAAAUCAACGGGUGUAAAGUUGCAAAGGCUGAUUGGGCAUGUAGAGUUUGUGAAUGUAUCUUUUCAUUAUUCUUCUAGGCCUACGGUUCCUGUACUGCAGCAUGUCAGCAUCUUUGUGGAUCCUGGUGAAGUAGUUGCAAUUGUUGGUCUUAGUGGCAGUGGAAAAAGCACUCUGGUGAAUCUUUUGUUGCGUCUUUAUGAGCCCACCAGUGGACAGAUUGCAAUUGAUGGCAUCCCCAUCAAAGAUUUGGACAUCAAAUGGUUGAGGGAGAUAAUAGGAUUUGUGGGACAGGAACCAAAACUUUUCCGUAUGGAUAUUAGUUCCAACAUAAGGUAUGGAUGUACCAGAGAUAUAAAGCAGGAGGAUGUUGAACGGGCUGCCAAGCAAGCGUAUGCACAUGAGUUCAUCUCUGCACUCCCCAAUGGUUACCGUACAAUUGUUGACAAUGAUUUGCUUAGUGGGGGACAGAAGCAGCGCAUUGCCAUUGCUCGGGCAAUUCUUAGAGAUCCUAGCAUUUUGAUCCUUGAUGAAGCCACUAGUGCACUGGAUGCAGAGAGUGAACACAAUGUUAAGGGUGUGCUCCGUGCUGUCAGAAGUGACUCAACAGCGAAGAGAACGGUCAUAGUAAUUGCACACAGGCUUUCUACAAUACAAGCUGCUGACCGGAUAGUGGUAAUGGAUGGUGGUCAAGUUGUCGAGGUUGGUAGUCACGGUGAACUACUUCGCAAAGAUGGCUUGUAUGCUCGACUAACUAGAAGACAGGCUGAUGCGGUGGCAUGAUCAUAGCAAAAUACUUGAUAUAGAUGUAUCUAAUCAGAUGAGUUGUAUGGAGUUUCAAGCAAUUUUUUCACUGCUGACCCAUGCGCUCUUGAGAUUCAUUGAGAAGAGGAGGAUACUCCGAAUACAUUCUUUGAUCCAAGAAAGGAGAAGCUAGUUGAAACGAUGACAUUCCCUACGUUAAUAUUCUUUGUUCUAUUUCUUCAUUCCUAUUUCGACGCUUGAGGAUACGUUUAUCUCAAAAGGCUCCGGAGGGCAUGCCGGAUUAUACUAUCAAGAAUGUGUUACAGCCAUGUCAAGACUCUGACAGAAGCUAUCGAUACCAUAAUUUGUAGUUCUCCAUGAUUCUUGAAUUACAAUUGAAAUUUUAGAUAUUAUUGAAAUUAUUGAAUUGGCUCCGCUACGGCUCGGCCCUUAUUUACUGA